AGUAAAGUUAACAUAGUUAACAAGGAUAUUAUGAUGUUUGUAUGAAAUCACUAGCAGCUGAGUUUUGCUCUAGGAACAAAGUUGCCACAGUAGGGUUUUACCUUCGUUUUUAUUUUGACUUUUUCCAAACCUGGAGAUAAGAAUGAGGAAUUUACUGCUCAGACUCCUGCUGUCUGCAGCUUUCGCUUGCCAAACACUCACACUUCAGUCAGGUUGUGAAGGUGUAGGAUGCGGGAGCACUAAGGCAUCAGGAAAGCGUGAUCAACAUAGCGAACAGCUGAACCGGUUUAACGAAAUGAACGCGCAGUCUGCAGCUGGUCAGCACCGGAGCUCUGGGGCCGUGUUACCUUUUAUUGGACUGACUGGAAGUGCUACACAGAGUAGAAACUGCUGUAAGAACGGGGGUACUUGCAUUCUGGGGAGUUUUUGCGCUUGUCCAAAGCACUUCACCGGACGGAGCUGCGAGUACGAUGAACGUGUCAGGGACUGUGGAGUUAUUCCUCAUGGAGAAUGGGUUCAAAAAGGCUGCUCAUACUGCAGAUGUGGAUAUGGAAUGUUGCACUGCUUCCCUCAGGUCUUCCAUAAUGACUGCGACGAUUCUCAGGAAGUGCGCUGGUUUCGUUCGAAUGCCCAGAGAACACUAUUGACCGACAGUCUCAUGUGUCUGGUGCUGCUUCUUUCAUUUCUGCUUUGAAGAUGACUCCAGGACUUGUUUUGAUAUUCCGCUUAGUCUUUCGAGCUCAGAUGUUUUUUAGGAAGGAAGGAUGAGAAGCAGACCAUACAAGAAGAAAGAUGUUUUUAUGAAUUUAUAUAUCUCUUUGUUGUUGUUGUUGUUUUUAUGCAGCAUUUAAUGGCAGCACUGAUAAUUUUUUUUUACUUCCAGUGGAAGCUAAGUUUUAAAGUGAAGGAUUUAUAUAGAAAAUCUAUUGUACUUGUGGCAGUGUGAAUUUUGCCCAUAGAGAUGUAUAUGUUUAUGAUGUUUUUUGUGCAAUGAAAGUCCUGUCUUUAUAUGUAGUUCGGAUUGUUUGUUUGGCACCACUCUUGAUUGGGAGAGAGUAUGAUAACGCUAAGAUAACCUCAGAUUGUUGACCUUUCCAUUAUUUUUUUUCUUCCCUUAUCUUAGAAAAACAAAUGCUCUGGCCAAUCAAUCACACCGGCCACUUUGACCUAUCGAGUUGACCUGAUAGAUUAUGGAAAACAUGAACUGUAUCUGUCAUUGUUAUUAAAGCAAUGAAAUUGUCUCACAGAGUUAAUUGUCUUAUUAUAACCUCAGAUGGCACAUUGUUUGCUGUUUAUUGCUUACUAAUUUACCUGGAAAGCACAAAAUGAUCAUUUUCAUAUAGGGGCAUGAAUUCAAGAUGUACAGGGAACAGAAAUAAUGAAUGCCAUGUGCAAAUAAAGAAGAAUGUGAUUCUUA